UUCUCCUCACGAGUCAUCUCCCUCAAAAACAAGAAGAAAAGAGAAAAGGAAGAGUGAGAAAGUAGAGAGAGAGAGAGAGAGAGAAUCUUUGUAUGAAAACCGCAUAGCUGUUCAAUACUUCUAUCUUCAAUCCUUUGUGUCUAUAUAGAGAGAAGAGAGGGGAGUGAGUGUGUUUCUGUUUUUUGAGAGAGUGAGAGAGUGUAUGUGUUACAUUUUCGUCGAUGUUCAGUCCCCAUAGAGAAUGAAAAUCUGAGCCAUGUUUAAUCACCAUAUCUGGUUUCUUUUUGUGAUGAAUCGAUAGUCUACAUUGAUUAUAUUAAUAAAGCUUUGAAUUCAUGAUGUUAAUGUAAUUCUGAGAAACAGAGGGAUUUUGUUGAGGAGAUUAAUUUGUUACAGUCUUUUGGUGGAUUAAUUGUAUGUCAUUUUGAUUGGAACAAUGAGCCGCGGUGGCUAUGAACUUUUGGGUGGUGGGCCAGCGCCACUGCAGCCGCUGGAGUGGAAGUUCUCGCAGGUGUUUGGUGAACGGAACUCGCGAGAGGAAGUUCAGGAAGUUGAUAUCAUAUCAGCAAUUGGAUUUGAUAAAACUGGGGACCAUCUAGCUACUGGAGAUCGAGGGGGUCGGGUUGUUUUAUUUGAAAGAACUGAUAAAAAAGAUUAUGAUGGUCGUAGAAGAGAUCUAGAAAGGAUGGAUUGUUCAAACAGUCGGCAUCCUGAGUUCCGCUAUAAAACUGAAUUUCAGAGCCAUGAACCAGAGUUUGACUAUCUCAAGAGCUUGGAAAUUGAGGAGAAAAUCAACAAGAUUAGAUGGUGCCAGACAGCUAAUAGUGCCUUAUUUUUGCUUUCCACAAAUGACAAAACCAUCAAAUUUUGGAAGGUCAAUGAGAAGAAGGUCAAGAAAGUUUGUGACAUGAAUAUGGACUGUUCAAAAGCUAUGGAAAAUGGCACUGUUGAAUGUUCAAGUAUAUCAACAGGCUCUAAACUAUGUAUUGCAAAUGGAAGGUGCAUCAACAAGCCCUUCAAGUAUUCGUGCACUGACUUCUCAUUCCUGCCUGGGGGCAAUUUAUCCCUACAUUUGCCCGUGGUAGUAACCAGUGAUGAAACAAGCCUUGUGGCAAGAUGUCGAAGAAUAUAUGCUCAUGCCCACGACUACCAUAUCAAUUCCAUUUCAAAUAAUAGUGAUGGUGAAACUUUUAUAUCGGCUGAUGAUCUGCGAAUAAAUCUUUGGAACUUGGAAAUUUGCAAUCAAAGUUUCAAUAUUGUAGAUGUGAAGCCUACAAACAUGGAGGAUCUAACAGAGGUGAUAACUUCAGCGGAAUUUCACCCUUCACAUUGUAAUAUGUUAGCUUAUAGUAGCUCAAGAGGUUCAAUCCGGCUUAUUGAUUUGCGACAAUCAGCCUUAUGUGAUACUCAUAACAAAUUGUUUGAGGAGAAAGAGGUUCCUGGUUCCAGAUCCUUUUUCACCGAGAUAAUUGCAUCAAUUUCAGAUAUAAAGUUUGCUAAGGGUGGAAGAUAUAUACUUAGUCGUGAUUACAUGACACUUAAGCUGUGGGACAUAAAUAUGGAUUCUGGCCCAGUUGUAACUUUUCAGGUUCAUGAAUAUCUUAGACCAAAGUUGUGUGAUUUAUAUGACAAUGAUUCCAUCUUCGACAAGUUUGAGUGUUGUCUGAGUGGAGAUGGACUUCGAGUGGCAACAGGUUCCUACAGCAAUUUGUUUCGUGUGUUUGGUUGUUCUGAGGGAAGCACAGAAGCAACAACUUUGGAAGCCACCAGAAAUCCCAUGAAGAGACAAGUCCAAACCCCAUCGAGGCCUUUGAGAUCCCUUGGAACUCUUCCUCGUUUUGUCAGGCGAGGGGCAGAGAAAUCAGGAGUUGACACAAAUGGAAGUGCUUUUGAUUUUACAACAAAGCUGCUCCAUCUAGCAUGGCAUCCAUCUGAAAAUUCACUCGCAUGUGCUGCUUCAAACAGCCUGUACAUGUUUUAUGCAUGACGAUGUAUUCGGAAGAUUUUGUUUAUUACCCGGCAAAAGAAUUUUGAUUGCGUUUGGCGAAGACUGCUAUGCUUCUUCACUAACCAGUGACAUGGAGCUGCAUCAUUAUCAGAAUCCCAGCUAUCCAAUUGAAAUGCAGACAUUCUCCAACAUCAGGGUUCAAACAUGGCUGUCACAGAGCCUAUAGGAAGUAACCUGUCUUUUGCUCCGAGGUGGACAUCACAUAUUUACUAAAUUACCUUCUUCCAUAAAAGAGAUACAGUUUUGUUCUUUUGUGCUUUUAAGUAGGAGAAAAUGUGAUUGUAGCUCUCCUACAGCACAAUACAAAGGCUGCUCUAUCAUGCUGCUAGGUCUGAGAUCAAUGGGGUCUUACUCAGAUCGAGAGGAUGAAGCUAUUGUUGUGUAUGAGUAACAUUACAAGGACUUAAGAAAAUCUACAUCCUGAUUAUUGCUGUCUUAUGUACUGUUCUUUUUCCUCUUGACAGAGUUUGCCACUUUGUUA